AUGAUCGUUAAAGCUGUUGUACUGCUGCUGUGCUGUGCUGCCGGGUUGCUCCGUGGGGAGCAAGUCCGGUACGAUAACUACCGCGUGUAUGAAGUGGCGAUCGCGGAUCAAAUGCAACUGGAAGCUCUCCAACAUCUGGAGCGUUUCCCGAAUGGAUACCUCUUUUGGGAAUCGCCUGUGCAGACAAAUAUGAAGCUUAACAUUGUUGUGCCACCGCACAAGUAUGCCGAGUUUGAUGAGCUUAGCCAACAGCUGGCGUUAGCGCACCGUUUGAGGGUUCCGAAUCUCCAACAGCUCAUCGAUGAGGAGAGUCCGCAACGAUCGAGACGUGCCUUUGGUUGGGAGGAAUAUCAAACGCUGGAAGACAUUUACAGCUGGAUCGAUGAAAAGGUGGCCGAAUUCCCGGCGAUCGUUUCGGUAGAGACGAUUGGCAAGUCGUACGAGGAUCGUGAUAUGAAGGUGGUCAAGAUUUCGUACAAGCAGGGCAACCCGGGCAUCUUUCUCGAGUCGAACAUUCACGCACGUGAAUGGAUCACGUCUGCCACCGUAACCUGGCUGAUGAACGAGUUCUUUACCUCCACCGCACCGGAGGUGCGUGAGCUGGCGGAAAACUACGACUGGUACAUCCUGCCGGUGGUUAAUCCCGAUGGGUUUAACUACACCAAAACCACCAACCGAAUGUGGCGCAAGAAUCGCUACCCGCACAAUGUGCUUUGCUACGGUGUGGACAUGAACCGUAACUUCCCCGGCCAUUGGAUGGAGGGCGGUGCAUCGUCUAUCCCCUGUACCGACACGUACGCCGGACCGGAACCGGGUUCCGAGGCCGAAACGCAAAACAUUAUGAACUACUUCGAGAGCGUGAAAGAGAAGGUGCACGCCUACCUGUCGUUCCAUUCGUACGGUCAGUACAUACUCUUCCCGUACGGUCAUCAAAACGCGGAAUACUCCGAAAACUACUACGACAUGAUGGAGAUGGGUGAAGCGGCCGCUGUCGCCAUUUACAAUCGGUUCGGUACGCCGUAUGAGUUCGGUACCACGGCUGAUGUGUUGUAUAUUGCCUCCGGAUCGUCACCGGAUUGGGCCCACGGUACGCACGGUACACCGAUUGCUGCCACCUUCGAGUUCCGCGACAACGGUUAUCAUGGAUUCAUUCUGCCCCCGGAGCAGAUCAUUCCGAACGCGAUGGAGGUGCUGGACGGCCUGGUGGCAUUCUUCCGCAAGGGCAAGGAGCUCGGUUACUUUAAUGUCAUUUUGCUUGCCCUACUGUUGGUCACCGUAUCCGGGGAGUUGGUACGGUACGAUAACUACCAUCUGUUUCGGUUGCCAAUUACUGACAAGGGGCAACUUGAAGUGCUGCAGCAACUGGAGCAACGGAACGAUGGAUUUUUUUUCCUAGAACCACCUACACAAGUUCGUAUGAAUGUCAGCGUUCUUGUACCGCCAAGCAGGCUGGGUGAAUACUUUCAGCUGGUAAACAACGAACAUCUUGCCUCACAACUGGCCACCACCAAUUUCCAAGCUAUUCUUGAUGCGGAAAACCCACCUAGAAAAUCGAAACGCAGUGAAACUUUCGGCUGGGAUGAGUACCAAACGCUCGAUGCCAUUUACGAAUGGAUCGAGGGGCUAGUGCUGCAGUACCCUGCCAUUCUCACCGUGCAAACUAUUGGACAAACGUACGAGGGUCGUGACAUGAAGGUUGUGAAGCUUUCCCAACAGUCUGGAAAUCCGGGAAUCUUUCUCGAGGCUAACAUACAUGCACGCGAAUGGAUCACCUCUGCAACGGCCACCUGGCUACUGAAUGAGCUUCUCACAUCUUCCGAACCGGCGGUACAGGAACUUGCCACUUCCUACGACUGGUACAUACUUCCGGUAGCCAAUCCGGACGGGUUCCAUUACACCAAGACGACCAAUCGACUGUGGCGCAAGAAUCGCUACCCGCACAAUGUGCUAUGUGCGGGGGUCGAUCUGAACCGUAACUUUCCCUACCACUGGAUGGAGGGUGGCGCUUCCCAGGUACCUUGCAACGAUAUAUACGCGGGACCGGAACCAGCAUCCGAGAUUGAAACUCGUAAUACGAUCGAGUACUAUGCAACGAUCGCCGACCGGAUUGAGUUCCAUCUACAAUUCCAUUCUUACGGUCAGUACAUUCUACUGCCGUACGGAUACCAAGACGCCGACUAUCCCGAAAACUAUCCCGACCAGAUGGAAAUAGCGGAGGCUGCCGCGAUCGGAUUUGCCAGCCGUUACAAUACAGCCUACACCUUCGGUACCAUUGCGGAUGUGUUGUAUGUCGAUUCGGGAUCCACAACCGAUUGGGCGCACGGUUAUCAUCGAACCCCGCUGUCGAUGUGCUUCGAGUUCCGCGAUAAUGGCCCGUACGGGUUCGUACUGCCGGCGGACCAAAUCAUUCCCAAUUCCCAAGAGACCCUCGAUGCGCUGAUAGCUAUGCUUGCCAAAGCCAAAACAAUGGGCUACUUCCAACGAAUCAUUAACAAAGAACGUCCCGCACGUAAAAAGGCGGAAGGGUUUGGAUGGGACGACUAUCACACGCUGGAAGAAAUUUAUGCCUGGGUCGAUGAAAUGGUCAAUCAGUACAGCUCCGUACUGUCGGUGGAAACGAUCGGUCAAACAUACGAAAAGCGUGACAUGAAGGUGAUCAAGCUUUCCUACAAGCCGGGCAAUCAGGGUAUUUUUAUCGAUGCGAACAUUCACGCACGCGAAUGGAUCACCUCGGCCUCCAUCACGUGGAUACUGAACGAGCUGCUCACCUCGGAAGAUGUUCGUGUGCGGCACAUUGCGGAAAACUACGACUGGUACAUAGUGCCCGUUGCUAAUCCGGAUGGAUUUGCCUACACGCACACCACGGAACGCUUGUGGCGCAAAACAAGGACUCAACACAACCUGCUGUGUUACGGAACCGAUCCCAACCGUAACUUUAAUCAUCAAUGGAAUAAUGGUGGAACAUCUACGACGCCAUGUUCGGACACGUACUCCGGUACGGCACCGGAAUCCGAGAUUGAAGUAAGCAAUUUAACUUCGUUCAUCCGUUCGAUUGCUGCCAACGUCAAACUCUCGCUGUCGAUACACUCGCGCGGCCAGUACGUGCUCUUCCCAUUCGGUUACAAUAAUGCACCACGUGCGUACAACUAUCAAGAUCUGCUGCAGAUCGGACAACGUGCCUCGGUGGACAUGUACAAGCUGUACAAUAAGCCGUAUCGUGUAGGAACAACGGCAGAUGUCCUGUAUGUUGCGUCGGGCAUUUCGGUUGAUUGGGCCUUCGCCGUGGCCGGCAUACCACUGAGCUACACGUUCGAAUUGCGCGAUCAGGUUGAGUUUGGCUUCAUUCUGCCGGCCGAUCAGAUUGUUCCGAAUGCUGAGGAACUGCUGGAAGCGUUUGUCGCUAUGAUCGAUGAGGCGAAGAUUUUGGGCUAUAUGUGA